CCUAGAUAUGGCCUUAUUUGACAUUCUUUUUUAAGUUUGAGGUCCUAUCUGACACUACAAGAUUAGAUAUCAUAAUAGUCUUAACGGAAUCAAAGUCUCGAGGGAUUAGCAUUUAGCAGCUCUGAAUAGUCCUUUUCAUCUUCAAUGGGGAAGAAAUGGAAGGGCGUAAAAGAAGCUUUGAGACUCAAGGCUGAUGAAUCUAACCACAACAAGGCAUUAAAUCUAUCGACACCAACUUUAAAGAUGAUAAAAUCUAAGCACAGUAAUGAGUCUAAUGUUAGAAGAUCUGGCCGGCUUCAAAUGCUCACCUCACCAGUCGUUGCAGAACCUGUUGUCGAGGAAAUCGAUCUUACCGAUAAGAACACUGUGGAGGAAAUUCCUGAAGAACCUGAUUGCUCUGAAGAACCUGUUGCAGACCCUGAAUGCUCUAAAGAACAUGCACACAUUGAUCAAGUUAUGGAUGAAAUUGAUAAAGGUGAUGGAAAACACGAUGAGGAGAUUAGUGCCAAUCCAACUGAAGAACUGAUAAGCACGAAAGAGAAAUUUGAGUUCCUUUACAAGACCGCAAAAGAACUUGAAAAAUCAAAGGCAUACAAACGACCCUCGUCAAGUGAAACUACUUAUGGGGAUCUGAACUACAAAAGCUUGUAUAUUGCCUCUCAUCAAAAGAUUGAGGUGCUGACUGAGGAAAACUCUAAACUUGCCAAGAAAUUGGAAUAUGCUCUUGGGAAGAUUGAAGCUUACGAGAAGAUGAAUGGUGUCGAUGGAAAGCCGAAAGAUAUGAUGGUUCUUACAAAUCUAUCUCAAAUAAUGGCCGCUGCUGCAUCACCUAACCUAGCUCUAAAGACACAUGGGGAAAACUGUGGCGGUGAUGGUCACUGUGCUCCUAAACCUUCUCCUCAACCAAAGGCUGGACAAAAAAAUGCACCAAGUUGUAGCAAAAGGAAGAAAAGCUCUUAAUUCUCAAGUUGUUGACAUGUGAUUGAUAACUCAACUGGCUAUUUCGUUGUUGGGAUAGUAAUGAUUGACUUAACUACCUUUUGACGCCCUUGGUGUAAAGGGGUUCAUAAUUUUGCAGUUUCUCGGUAGUUAAGAGAACAAUGGUAUGAUGCAGGAAGCAUAAUACUCUGUAUAUAUAUGCGUUAAUGCAUGACUUGGAAAGAACUUAAUGUCAAUUUUUGCAUCUUUUGUCAGAAACCCC